AUGACUGAAUUUAAGCUAUCCUACGAGUCUCAACUGGACAUCUAUCACCCCUCCUACCGCUACGAAGCCCAGGACCCGGACUGGAAAUCUGCCGCUCUCCGUGGCCCUGCACUCCCUGCUCUAGGAAAUGCAACUGCAGGUGCAGUCGGCGCAGCCAUCUCCAAUGUGGUCGUCUACCCUCUCAACGUCAUCGUCGCCCGUCUACAGACCCAGAAGCAGAAAGACGGCGACUCAAGCGAGAAAUCAGAUGAAGACGAGAGUUCCAACGAAAAAUACACCAGUGUGGUGGAUGCUGCCUGCAAGAUAUAUGCACAGCAAGGCAUUGCCGGCUUCUACCCUGGUCUAGCGCAGGAUACCUGGAAGACAGUCGCGGAUUCUUUCCUUUUCUUUCUUGCAUAUAGUGUCAUCCGCCAGAAGAGGAUGGUCGCCCAUGUAGGUGUAGAGCGAGCCGCUAAGAGCAGAAAUAAUGUCCUUCCGAUAAUCGAUGAACUUGCCGUUGGGGUCUUAGCUGGCUCGUUUGCCAAGCUCUUCACCACCCCACUAUCCAAUAUUGUCGCGCGCAAGCAGACAUCUGCGGCGCGCAAUGGCAGACACGCGACGAACUUGUCCACCAGUGACAUCGCCGCUCGCAUCCGCGCUGAGAAGGGUAUACUAGGCUUUUGGUCUGGUUACUCGGCCACCCUGAUACUCACACUGAAUCCCUCUCUCACGUUCUUCCUCAAUGAAUUCCUCAAACGGACCCUCCUCCCACGCUCUAAGCGCGACAAGCCCCCUCCAGCUUUGACAUUCCUUUUGGCGGCCUUAAGCAAAGUAGCCGCCUCGUCGAUCACCUACCCCUUCUCUCUCGCGAAAACAAGAGCGCAAGUACUGAGCUCGGACUCCAAGGUUAAGUCUGGAAAUGCAAAGACUCGUGCCUCCCUUCUCGCCUCCCUCAUCCCCGAGAUUCUUUCUACUGUCGCCACUAUCGCCCGCAGAGAUGGUAUACAAGGACUCUAUGCCGGGCUCCAUGGUGAAGUGCUGAAAGGCUUCUUCUCGCACGGCUUUACAAUGCUCGCAAAAGAUGCAGUGUACGCCUUCAUAGUCAAGAGCUACUAUCUCCUUCUGCUGCUAGGACGUCGCUAUCCCACGCCAGACGAACUUAUCCAGCGUGCCCGCGAACAGGCGUCGGAGUAUACCGAGAUCGCACGUGAAGGAGCGCGUGACUUUGCGGAGAGAACGAAGGAGGGCGCCGAGGAGCUGGUGAACGCUAAUUCUGGCGGUAACGCUGUUGGUGUUACGUCUUAUCCCACAGGCGCUGCUGAUGCCACCAGGAGUGCGCCUACUGGCAUUGGUGCAUUUUCGAGCCUGAAGGUUCAUGUUUCAUCCGAUUCUGAUGAAAUCAAUGAGACGGCUGAGCUGGUUGGUGAUUAUGUUGAGGAUGAAGCGGUGGAGUGGAAGAGCCUUUAUCAUUGGUUCUGGGAGAAGGAUCGUGGGCCGCAUCGAGAAUAA